AUGGCCGCUGUCCCAGGAUCAGACAAGACUUUACUGGAGCGCCUGAACGCUCUCAAGCCCAGCACAGUCAGCCUUGGUCCGUCCUCGAAAUCUGUUCCUACGUCAACUAUAGAGCCAGCCAAGCCACUCUGCAGAGAAGAUGCCCUCACCGAAAGGUUAAAGAGCCUCCGAAUCCAGGCGUCAGAUACUCAAGUUCCUACCACAUCUGCCUCGGGGGUACAUCGGGGUCAUGGCGACGCUACCCCCUCGCCGCCUGUAUCUCAGUCUGCACGGCCUCAGCCCAGGGGCAAAGAUGCAGACACAGACCUAGGCGCAACAUCGAUCACUUCCACACACCAGGCCGAUGAUGAAGUGGAUCCGCUAUACACAGAUGACCAGACCCUCGAGAAGCUGCUUGCAGAUCUUGAAUCUGACCAGUCAUGGCUGGACGAAGUGGCUGCCGAGGAAGAUGAGCACCAGAGAGUCACAGCUCUUCUAGUAGAGCUGGGGAAGGCCUCGAAUGGUCCGGACCACGACCAGCAGGACCAGAGCACCAGCAAAGUCAAACCGGACGAUUCAGAUGAGAGCAGUGACGAUGACUCUGAAGGCGACACAAUGACGCGGGAAGCCGACGAUGUCCUCGCCCAGGCGACCGAUGAGACUGAAUAUGAGAAGGCCAACGAGCCUCCCUCACCAAAGCCUACAUCGUCACCCCCUAUUGGCGAAACAAAACCAAGACCCAGGAGUGUCUUACCAAACAAGCCCAGAGCAGCAAAGGACACCAGCAGCAACGACCCCUUCAACCUGCCCACCGUGCCCUCGGACCUGCAAGACCAGCCCGAUUUACCAGGCUCGUCCCAAGAGGACUCCGACUUCGCCGCCUCCAUCGCCUCGCGCAUGGCAGCCCUGAAGGUCUCCACGCCGCCCAGCCCAAACCUCCCCUCAGCACCGUCCUCCGAGGUCGACACCCUCGGCCUGCCCGGCGUGCCCACAUUCGCGCCGGCCGACCGCCCCGCACCGGGCCUGGUCAAGCGCCAUGGCUACACGGACGAGGACCAGAAGACGUGGUGCGUGGUGUGUCUGGAGGACGGCGCUGUACGCUGCCACGGCUGCGAUGGAGACGUCUACUGUGCCCGGUGCUGGAAGGAGAUGCAUGUUGGUCCUAGCGCGGGUUAUGAGGAGAGGGGGCAUCGAUGGGAGACGUUUGUUAGGGGGCGGUGA